AUGGUAUUGAUUUCAGUUCGACUGGCAGUUUCCACCACGCUCCAGUCAAAAGGUACGUUGAACCUGGACCUUUCGCUCUCCCAAAGGGCUACCCCACCGCCCCUCGGCGGCGCUGGCGGCGGCGGGCCCGGGAGCGUUUGCUUGGCUGGGACCGCCCCGGCGACCCGGAAGCUGCUGACCGUCAAGGCGGCUGCAUGGGCAUCGAUGAGGGCGGACUUGAUUUUGCUAACCGGCCUUCGUGUCAACGAUGUGCUGGAGUUGGUGAGGGGCGACGCGAGGCUGCUCUAUGUGGGGAAGACCGCCGGGUAUCAUAGCAGGACUCAGGAGGAGAUUCAUGAGUUGCUUUUGAGUUUCGCGGAGGUCGGUGCGAAUGUGGUUAGGCUUAAAGGAGGAGAUCCUUUGGUAUUUGGUAGAGGUGGGGAAGAGAUGGAUUUCCUGCAGCAGCAAGGAAUUGAAGUCAAGGUUAUUCCAGGGAUUACUUCAGCUUCUGGAAUAGCAGCAGAGCUUGGAAUCCCACUGACUCAUCGAGGUGUUGCAAAUAGUGUGAGAUUUCUGACCGGGCACUCCCGAAAUGGAGGAAAAGAUCCCCUUUAUGUAGCAGAGCAUGCUGCUGAUCCUGACUCAACUCUUGUUGUCUACAUGGGCUUAUCAACCCUUCCAGCUCUUGUACCCAAACUAAUGACUCAUGGUUUGCCACCUGCAACUCCAGCCGUUGCAGUGGAGCGAGGGACUACUACUCAACAAAGAACAGUGUUUGCAGAGAUGAGGGAUUUGGUGAAUGAGGUUAACUUAGCCAAUCUGGUAUCUCCAACUCUGAUAAUUAUUGGCAAGGUAGUAGCCCUGUCACCUCUUUGGCCUCACUCAGAAGAAGAAACACUAAUUUUGCAAUCCGAACAACAACGUGACGCAAUUACAAUCAGAUAACAGUUCUUGUUUCCUGCCAGUUUUCAAAUUUCUUUCCCUCUCAAGAGAUAGAAAAGGUAGAUGUUUAUCCAAAAAAAAAAAACAGAUCCAAGUGAGCUCUACCAUUAUGUCUUGGUCGAGCCAUUAUCGGCUAUUUGUGCUCUUUCCUCUUGUAUGAGCAUGUUUGUAUGAGCUCAAACUGGAUAAUCUUGUAUUUCUCCAUUCUUUUUAUUGUCUUGAAAUGAGUUUUGUAUUGUGCCUGGGCUUAGGAUUUUUAUUUAAAUUAUGUCUCGAGCAUGAUGGAGAUGAUACACUGAUACAAUAACAAGCCAUGGGAAAGGUAAUGUAAAUGAGCUAUCAUAUCUU